UAUCAUUCAUUGCUUUGUAAGAAAAAUUCUAAAUGGGGCCUAUCAAAACUUUGUGUUUUCUCAUUUUAGGUUUGUUUUUGGAGGGCAUUAAUGGUCAACUUAACGGUUGGAUUCAUGCUCAUGCCACUUUCUAUGGUGCCAAUCAAAAUCCCAGCACUCUUGGAGGAGCUUGUGGAUAUGAUAAUACGUUCCAUGCUGGAUUUGGAGUGCACACAGCAGCAGUCAGCGGUGCACUUUUUAGAAACGGAGAAGCUUGUGGGGCUUGCUACCAAGUCAUGUGCGACUUCAAGGCUGACCCUAAGUGGUGUUUCCGACGAGCUGUUGUGACGGUAACCACCACAAAUUUCUGCCCAGCAAACAAUAAUGGAGGAUGGUGUGAUCCUCCUCGCCACCACUUCGAUAUGUCCAUGCCUGCUUUUCUUCGCAUCGCUAGACAAGGCAAUGAAGGCAUUGUUCCAGUAAUCUACAGAAGGGUGGCAUGCAAGAGAAGGGGAGGUGUUCAUUUCACAUUAAGAGGACAAUCGAAUUUCAAUUUGAUAAUGAUAUCCAACGUUGGAGGAAGUGGUGAUAUUAAGGCUGCAUGGGUUAGAGGAUCUAGGACAAGAACAUGGGUGCCAAUGAACAGAAACUGGGGUGCAAAUUGGCAAAGCAGUGUUGACCUUAGAAGCCAAACGCUGUCGUUUAAACUCACUUUGGUUGAUGGAAAAACACUUGCGUUCUUCAAUGUUGUCCCUUCAACAUGGAGUAUUGGACAGACAUAUUCUUCACGAAAUCAGUUCUCUUAGAAGAAUACACUUCCUUGCAUGUCCUACAACAGCCAUUUUAAUUUGUACUGUUCUAGGACAUAUAUAGUUAACGUUAACUAAAGAAAUUUGCAUUCAGUUAAUGAUUAUUUAAAAAAAAAAGUAUAUAAAUAUGCAUAUAACUCCAAAAAAAGAGGAGUUUACUUAUGUAUUUUCUUUGUAUUUUGUUCGGAUGUUAUCAAUAAAGGAAAUAAUGU